ACAAAGAUGUACGAGCCAAUGUUUUGAUCAACAUAGAGCGGUGCGCACGCGUUGCAGAAAAUAACAUCGUAAAUAAUACGUUCGAUGAACAAUAAAUAAAUAAAUUAUAUGUGUAAAAGUACAAUAGAAUUUUUAGUGAAGUGUGUGUAACAGGAUUUAUUUUUAAUUGCAACAGUCGUGGCGAUGCAGAAGAUAAAGUGAAGAACUAAGAAAUCUCAGAGCCAUUCAAGUUUAAGAAAGAAAAUGGAAAAGAUGACAAUUGGACAAGAAAAUGGCGCGCCGCCAAUAAGACCAACUGUGGACCCGUACAGUUCGAAAAUACAAUUAACUUGCAAUGGCUCGAGAGAAGAUUUGGACCCCUACGAGCCAGCGAAAAACAGACCCUUGGAAUCAAAUACAUCGAGUUUCGGUGCACUCGCUCAUCUUUUGAAAGCUUCAUUGGGGUCAGGUGUCCUGGCCAUGCCGCUUGCGUUCAGAAACGCCGGCUUAUUAGUCGGAUGUUUUGGGACUAUCAUCAUUGGAUUAAUUUGUGGACAUGUUAUUCAUAUAUUGGUAAAGACGUCACAACAACUUUGUGUAGAAGUAAAGAAACCAUGUUUAGGAUAUGCUGAUACCUGCGACCUGGUCUUCCAAAACGGACCCAAACCUGUGCGACGAUUCGCUCCACAUGUCAGAGAGCUGGCAGAUUGGGCUCUGGCUGUAACACAUCUGGGUGCUUGCUGUGUGUAUGUUGUGGUCAUAUCGGAAUCUUUUAAACAGAUAUCCGACCAAUACGGUGGCCCGGAUUGGACCGUGUCUGUCUACUGCGCGCUCUGCCUUGUAGUCUUAGUACCACUAAACCAGAUAACCAAGCUAAAAUACCUGGUACCGUUCUCAGCGAUUGCCAACUUCGUAUGGCUGGCAUCUAUCUGUAUAUCAAUAUACUACUGCCUGCGGGAUCCGCCUCCACUUUCGAGCAGGAAUAUGGCCACUUCUAUAGCUGGAUUACCGAAUUUUAUAAGCACAUGUCUCUUCGCGAUGGAAGGUAUCGGCGUGGUGAUGCCCAUAGAGAACGAGAUGACGAAGCCCCAACAGUUCCUGGGCUGUCCUGGUGUGUUGAACAUUGCCAUGAGUGCUGUGGUAGCAUUGUAUGCGUUUGUUGGUUUCUGCGGCUAUCUGAGCUUUGGAGAGACGGUCAGAGGAAGUUUGACGUUGAAUCUGCCUCAGGAUGAAAUUUUAGCACAAGCAGCCAAGCUCCUGGUAGCACUCGUGAUGAUCCUGUCAUACGCGCUGAUCUUCUACGUGCCGGUCGACGUGGCGUGGCGUCGGAUCAGCGACAAGAUCCCCGCUAGAGGGCACCGCUGGGGCCUCGCGGGACUACGACUGGCGGGGACUUUGUUGACAGUUGGCCUAGCAUGCGCGAUACCUCGGCUUGAGCUUUUCAUGGAAUUAGUCGGGGCAGUCUGCCUCUCCUGCCUCGGCCUGUCUCUGCCCGCGAUCACAGAAACCGUCUUCCGAUGGGGCAAGGACACAGGACCGUUCCACAUCAUUGUAAUAAAGAACGCAAUCAUAGUAAUAUUUUCGCUAGUGGCUAUGGUCUCUGGCGUGGCGUUUUCUAUCAAAUCUAUGAUAGACAACCUGUGAUAUUUAGUUAUAAGUUUGACUGUAAUGUAAAUAUAACUUUUAAUAUACUGAUUAUGACGU